AUGAUGAAAGCCAACAAGGCAAUAGUUCUUCUUGGCCUGAACAUCUGUUGCUUCCUGCAACGAGCCAUGGCUCAACUGGAGGUGCCCGCCAUUGCCGUGAGAAUCACAUUGGCCAAUGCUAGUCAAAUCCACUUUAAUACAGGUAGCGGUGCUGAAGGAUUCACAAACAAAGUUGAGGUUAGAAUCUAUGAUGUCUGUAGAUUCGCAACGUCAGAUCCCCAAACAGAACUCGGGGUGGUCUAUCCAUCUGCCAUGGCCACCCCAGUUGUUGGCAUUACAUACGAUGCAUCAAAAGUCAUGGAGCCCAAUGGCAUUGGUAAUGGGAGCAUCAUUGAGUGGGACUUUAAUGAAGAGCUUGAGCAGAAUCCCAUCAUCUACACUCGCUUCAAUGAAUCAUAUGCAGAGAUGGAGUUCUGUGUGCAGGUGUCCUUGUACACUGAUGGGUUCAUGGUCAGUUGGGAUGAGCUAGAUGUCUUUGUCCCAAUUGGAUAUACCAAGGGGAUGGGCGAGGACGAGGAUGAUGAGGAAGGGCAAUCUUCCCCACACGAUGAAAUCAACAGCGGUGGCAUGGGCCUGGGCAUGGACCUGGGCAUGCAAGUGGAAGCUGAACAGGAGUUUCUGGAUGCAUACAACUUCAGCUACUCGGUAGGACCUGGGGAACUGAAUGCCUACUUUUGCAAUCCAAUCACCCAUGAAGCUCUAGAAGGUGGAACUGUCAUCACGCAAGAUAAUUUCAUCAGUGUUUGCUUCAAUGUGAUUGAUGGAAUGAUCUUUGAGGUAGAAGACAUCAUGGAGCUCUACAUUGCUAAUGCCGGUGGGACCCAAGAGCCUCAGCACAUGAUCGCAAGCUCACAGGUGGCCAAUACAUACUUUGCAGAGAAGUACUGUGAAUACACGCCUUCAAAUCCGAACAUACACACCUGCCUGGUGAAUUUCCUUCUCGAUGCCAACUACUUUGAGUACAGUGCUGUUGCACUCACAGGAUUUGGAGCUAUUAAACUCAGGCUGGAGGAUCGAAGAUUUUUGGUUCGAAUGACUGUGCACUCACCAGCUGAAGAUGGGAUCAUUCGUCGCCGGGAGCUGCAACAAGAGGAACCCCCUGCAGGAGAAGUUGAGGCUGCCUUUCAUGUAGAGAGUCAAUACUUCAAAACAUACGAAGAGUAUGAAACUGAAUCAGCCGGGGCUGCCAUGUGGCCUUUGCUAGUACCCAGUCUGAUUGUGGCUGCUAUCACAAUUUGGGGGGCUUCUGCUGGGCUGGAAUAA